GUUGUUUUCCAGAACAAUAUCGCAGUUUUCUGUCCAGGCUUAACAGAUGGCUCACUGGGAGACAUGUUUUACUUUCAUUCUUUCCGCAGUCUAGGUCUGAUCGUUGAUGUAGUGCAAGAUAUUAGGGCCAUGAACGGCGAAGCUGUCCAUGCAAAUCCAAGGAAGACUGGAAUGAUCAUUCUCGGAGGGGGCCUGCCCAAACACCACAUUUGCAAUGCCAACAUGAUGCGUAAUGGUGCGGAUUAUGCUGUCUUCAUCAAUACUGCACCAAAGUUUGAUGGGAGUGAUUCUGGAGCUCAUCCGGAUGAGGCUGUAUCAUGGGGGAAAAUACGGGGUUCUGCUAAAACUGAGGUACAUUGCAAUGCAACAAUUGCUUUCCCUUUGCUGGUUGCUGAAACAUUUGCCAAGAAAGCUGUCGAGACCAUGACUUAAUAUAUAGUUUCAUUGUGAAGAUUGAUUUAUGAUAUAGAGUUU